AUGCCGCGAAUCGCCAAAUCGACCUCGAAACUCAUUGCCAAUCAAAAUAAUGCGAGGUCCACAGCCGCUGGGCGCAAACGCUCUUUAGAACCUGCGCACGAUGAUCAGACAUCUACCACCACUUCUGGCAUCUCAAAACGGGCGAAAACCGGCUCAAUUAGGUCCAAGGAGCCAACCAAAUUAGCCACCAUCAACAAUGCGCCUACCGCGAAGCUCACGGUUCUUGUUUUCGGCGGUGGUGAAAUGGGCGAGCUUGGUCUUGGACCGAAGAAAACGAAGCCCUACGUCCUACGCGCAACCCACAUUUGUCUGCUUUCGCUGUUGUCCAAGUCGCCUGUGGCGGCAUGCAUACUGUUGCGCUAA